AUGAAAAUUUCUUCUGUUUUACUUAUAAUUUGUUUAUUGUUUUCGACGUUAUGUGUAAUUGAGUCGAGGCCUUUUAUGAUGAGUAUGGGACAAGCAAUCGGAGGUGCUUUCUUCAGCAUCUGGAAAUGGAUUGAUGACACACCUGACAUUCCACAAAAUAGAACAACAAUGAAACGAGCCCCAGCAUUUGCUUCCAAAUAUUCCAUCAGUGAAACUCGAGGCAAGAACAUUGAACCAGUAUCCAUAAAAUGA